AUGAAGUUCAUUUCCAGCCUCUUCGCCCUAGCCCCGCUCGCCAGCCUCGCCGCCGCCGCCGGCAAGGACGGCAGCAUCGAACUCUUCAAAGACCUUGCCUGCAAGGACGAAGUAGGAACGAUCAAGAUGGACAAGAGCAAACAGUGCACAAAGCUCGGAGAGCCUAUAAAGUCGUUCAAGGACCCCGGGAAUCUGCCUAAGAAUUGCUGCGGGAGUUUCUUCGAAGACGAUAAUUGCACCAAGUUCAUUGGGAAUGUGUUGGCACGAAACGAAUACGAACACUGGAGGGAUGAAAAAUCGCUCCUCCGUGGAGGGUCAUAUGCGCUCUAUGCCCACUGGGCUGCGACGUACAACCAUGACGAUGUCAAGAAUUACAACUACGCAGCGCCGGUGAUCGUCGCCCAGAUUGUUCUCGCAUCAGCCAGCCUCUUCAAGGGCCCCAUCCUGGAUGCCUGCUGCGGAACUGGGCUUGUGGGAGAAGUACUUGCACAGGACGGCGCGACCACCAUCGACGGCAUCGACCUGUCUCCCGAUAUUCUCAAGGUGGCUGGGCAGACCGGCGUAUACCGGAACUUCGAGAUAGGCGACCUGGGCGAGAAUAUCGCCAAGCCGGACGGGACCUACGAUAUAGUCGCCCGCCUGUGUCGAGACCUUCACGCACGGUCAAUCCAGGUCUUGACCAUGGACCUUCACGUCAAACGGAAGGGAAGAGACCAGGCAAAUAUGAUCGUCCUGCGGAAUAACAAGUAA